AUGCAGGAAUACGUGGCAUACGCCAUCAACUACGUUUUCGGAAUCACCAACCGAGACCUCAGUGUCAUCGCCUGGUCCCAAGGCAACCUCGAUACCCAAUGGGCCCUCAAACACUGGCCGUCCACCUGCGACGUAGUCAGCGACUUCAUCAGUAUAUCCGCGGACUUCCACGGCUCCCGAUUCCUCACCGCUCAGUGCUCUCGGUUCCCCAUCCUCCCUUGUCCACCCUCCAUUAUCCAGCAAGGGUACGAUGCUAACUUCAUCACCACUCUUCGCUCGGAUGGUGGAGACUCAGCCUACGUGCCGACAACAAGCAUAUACAGCGCCGCAGACGAGUUCAUCCAGCCGCAAAGCGGUCCGGGCGCCUCGGCUUUUAUUAACGAUGCUUGCGGCAUCGGCGCAACUAACAAUGAGUUGCAGGUCAUCUGCAACGGCAGGCCGGCGGGCAGCUUCGUCACCCAUGAAGGCGUGCUGUACAAUCCAGUGGCUUUUGCGCUGGCAGUGGACGCUCUUAUCAAUGGUGGUCCCGGCUCGACAAGCCAGAUAGACUUGACAACGUUGUGCGGACAGGUUGCAACAGAGGGUCUAAGCUUGACUGACUGA